AAUCAGAUUAUAUUAUGUGUAGCAGAGAGAUAUUUUUUGUUUUAAAGAUUUAUUUAAGUUAUUUGCAAGAAGGAGCUUGCGUUCAUUUUAUAUGACCAUCUAUAUUUUUUCAUAAAUGAAUGAGGCCAUUGAACUCAGUGAUUGAUAGCUCCAAGUAUGCAUUACACAAAAUCUUCAUAACCCAUUGCCACACUAUCAAAUCAGGACAUUUAGCUGAUAUUUACACUGCCAACAACCUUCUCAGCCACUACACGAAAUGGAGCUUUGCAGGACUAACCCUUGCUUGCAAACUGUUCGACCAAAUGCCCCACAGAGACUCUGUUACUUGGAACACUAUGAUUUCUGGAUAUGUGAAUUCUGGGAACUUGUGUUCUGCUUGGGAGUUGCAUAAAUCUAUGAAAAGAUGCGGGUUUGAUUUCGAUGCAUAUACUUUCGGAAGCAUACUUAAAGGGGCUGCUUCUGCUUGGAGACUUGAUGUUGGGCAGCAAGUGCAUGCUUCGAUUGUUAAAACGGGUUACGAAGAGAAUGUUUACGCAGGGAGUGCGUUGCUGGACAUGUAUGCAAAGUGUGAGAGAGUUGAAGAUGCGUUGACGGUGUUUAAGAGCAUGCCACAGCGUAAUUCUGUUUCGUGGAACGCUCUCAUUGCUGGUUUUGUGCAGGAAGGUGAUCGUGAUACUGCAUUUUGGUUACUAAGCUGCAUGGAGAAGGAGGGUGUGAGUCUUGAUGAUGGAACUUUUGCUCCGCUUCUUACCUUGCUCGAUGAAGAAAAGUUUUAUAAAGUAACAAUGCAGCUUCAUUGUAUGGUUAUAAAACAUGGCGUGGAGCAUAAUAAUACAGUGUGCAAUGCCACAAUUACUUCUUACUCAGAAUGUGGUUCGCUAGACGAUGCACAAAGAGUUUUUGAUGGUGCUGUUGGCUUUCGAGAUUUGGUAACGUGGAAUUCAAUGUUAGCGGCUUGCUUGACACAUGACGAAAAGGAAAUUGCGUUCAAACUGUUUCUUGACAUGCAGCAGUUUGGGUUUGAGCCAGAUAUAUAUACUUACACGACUAUUAUAAGUGCUUGUUCACAUAAAGCCAAUGGAAAAUCUUUACAUGGUCUGCUGAUUAAGAGAGGAUUGGAAGAAUCGGUGCCUAUAUGCAAUGCAGUGAUAGCAAUGUAUCUUGAAUCAAGUAAUAAUUCCAUGGAGGAUGCAUUAAUUGUUUUUAACUCCAUGGAGGUCAAGGACCGUGUAUCUUGGAAUUCCAUCUUGACUGGAUUCUCACAAACUGGGUUUAGUGAAGAUGCUCUAAAAUUGUUCGAGCAAAUGAGAUUUUUGGUGGUGGAUAUUGAUCACUAUGCUUUGUCAGCAGUCCUUAGAUCUUGCUCUGACUUAGCAACCCUCCAACUGGGACAACAGAUUCAUCUCUUGACAGUUAAAUCAGGGUUUGAGUCGAAUGACUUUGUUGCAAGUUCAUUGAUUUUUAUGUACUCUAAAUGUGGAAUGAUUGAAGAUGCUCGGAAAUCUUUUGAAGAGACCGCGAAAGAUAGCUCAAUUACUUGGAAUUCUAUUAUGUUUGCAUAUGCACAGCAUGGACAAGGUGAUAUUGCCUUGGAUCUCUUCUUUCAAAUGAGAGGAAAAAAUGUGAAGAUGGAUCAUAUAACUUUCGUCGCAGCUUUAACUGCAUGUAGUCAUAUUGGUUUAGUAGAGCAGGGCCAGUACAUUCUGAAAACCAUGAAAUCUGACUAUGGGAUUACACCCCGGAUGGAGCAUUACGCUUGUGCAAUUGAUCUAUUUGGUCGAGCAGGAUAUCUAGAUGAGGCAAAAGCCGUGAUCAAAUCCAUGCCAUUUGAACCAGAUGCAAUGGUAUUGAAAACUCUAUUAGGUGCCUGUAGAGCUUGUGGCGACAUAGAAUUAGCUGCUCAGGUAGCUAGCCAUCUGCUGGAACUAGAGCCUGAAGAGCAUUGCACAUAUGUUAUCCUCUCUAACAUGUAUGGAGAUCUUAAGAGAUGGGAUGAGAAAGCUUGCAUGACAAGGUUAAUGAGGGAGAGGAAGGUGAAAAAGGUCCCUGGUUGGAGCUGGAUAGAGGUUAAAAACGAGGUUCAUGCUUUUAUUGCCGAUGACCGGUCGCACCCUCAUUGCGAAGAUAUAUAUCUGAUAUUGGAAGAGCUGAUGGAAGAAAUCAAGUGGCUGGAUUCUGUUGCUAGUUCAGAUUCUUCGAUGGAUGAUGUUAACCACAUUUACGUAUAUGGUACUUGCAGCUUCUAACUAUUGGUACUGACUAUUUCAUUUAUUCUAAAUAAUAGAUGUGUCCAUCUGUAGUUUUAAUUAUCUUAGUUUUGAUUUUGAGAAGCUGAAAGAUAGAUGAUUGAUUAUGCCUCAAUGAUUAGUAAAAAGUAUAAAUCACUGUAA